AGGCCCACGCGCCCCAACAUACUCUACGCCGUGACAAAUGUGUUGACGUUCGUCUAUCUGACGUUGCACACUAUGUUACUGUAUUGGAGAUAUGGGUGCAGAGUAAGUGAAGUACAUGGCUCGCCGUUGAGAUUGCACUAACCGCACAACUCGUAAAGAGGUGUGCACUCAAAUACCAUGACGUGUCUAGAAUCGCUGUACCGAGCAUCCUGUAGUGCAUAUCGCCUCGCCGUUGCCGCAGCAUGCAUCGGUUCUGCCUUGUUCCUGAUAUAUGGUGUGAUUGCAGCACUCCGCGUGUAUGCCAUCACAGGCAGGAGUUACAUAGUCCCAUCCAUCAUCAUCUGUCUAUUCCUUGGCGGAAUAAUUGCUAGAAUAUUUUAUAGCCUCCACCUCUAUGCUGUCCCGAACCUCGCAGAGUCAACACAGUGCGUCGUUGCAUCCGGCCUUCCCAGCGAGAACGUCAAGCGUACGAACUGUUUGUCUCGUGUACUCUCCUGUGUACUGAUCACGCCCACUCAGUCGAGAUCAUCUUGAGAGUCUUCAACAUGGGAGCAGAGACCCUGGCGCUGGCGGUGAGCUUGAGGCAUCAGUUUUGUCAUGUCCGACUGGCGCAGAAGAGUGCUCGUUGGAGGACAUUGCCUA